AUGACGCCCGCCGCUGUGGGAAGUGGGCCGCGCACACGACUGCCGUUUCUCCGCAAAGUUGUGCAGAGUGCCACUCGCCGGCCAAACACACACAACACCGCCAAUCCCUUUAAAUUAUACCCGCCCCUUCAAUCCUCAGAGGAGAAACAGCGAUUCAGUCAGGUACUGUAUAAGGACCCACAGUGUAUUAUCGUGAAUGAUGCCUAUCCCAAAUCCAAACUGCAUUGUCUCAUCAUGCCGUUAGAUCUCUCUCUCGAUUCCCUCAACGCACUGCGCAGCGAACACCUCCCACUCCUGCAGCAUCUCUUAAAUGUAGCGGAGGCGUACGUGCAGUUUAUUCGCCGCGGGGCAUCUGCAAAGGGAACUGCCGCUCUAUCCAUGAUGACAGGAUUUCACGCUCUCCCUUCACUACCACACUUACAUCUCCAUCUCAUCUCAAUGGACUUUGACUCACCAUACUUGAAAACAAAGAAACAUUACAAUACAUUCGCCACUCCCUUUUUUCUCCCAGCCGAUCGUGUGAUGGAGGAUUUACAACAAAAUGGAUGUAUUACACUUAAUCAGAAUGUCGCGGAGUUGAAAAGAAUGGAGGAACAGGAAACAUCUUGUCUUUGGUGUGGUCAGGCCGAGAAUAGAAUACCACAGCUGAAAUUACACCUUCAAACAUGUCCCAAAAGUCGUGCAGUUUUAUCCACAACAUCAUCAUCAUCAUCAUCAUCAAAAACAAGUUAA